AUGGAGGAGUUGGAAAGGAUUCAAUUCCCUCUACGUAUGGAAUUGACUUCAGAUCUUACAUACAGAAAAUACAUGAGAAGUUUUAGCACUAGGAUUGGUCCAACACUACUGAAAUCCAAAGUAAUCAAUAGAAGAGGGAAGUGGAUAAUUGUCACUAAAAUAGUUGUACCUCUCAAUCUUUGGAGUGCUUCUGCUCAGUUAAUUGCCAUUCCCAUAGCUACCUAUUUCUUACUCAACAGUCGCUGGCUGAUAAGGUUCCUAGUUUCGUCUCUUGUUAUGGGGCAUGCUUAUUUAGGAUUCUUGUCUGGGAUUUUCUGUUACUACCCAGAAGAAAGACACACAAGUAGUCCUCUUACUACCAUUUAUAGGGUCUUCAAGGCAGCUUUUCGGAAACGUCGAUUGCCAUACCCUUCUUCAGCUGAGGCUUAUUAUUAUUCUUCCUCUGACGGCAACAUUGAAGCUUCGUCGAAUGAUUCAGAAUAUCCCCUCUAUACAAGAGAAAAUGGUUCCUCCAAUGGCAGCAAUGAAGGUCCAAGUAAUGAUUUAGAAGAUCCCUUUGAUCAAAGAGAAAACGAUCAAGAGGUGAGGGACGCGAAGAACCUUUUCUUCAUUAUACCCUUGGGACUCUCCUUCUUCGCCUACAGUUUGGUUUCUGCUUCCGGUAACACUUAUUUUGUCAAGCAAACAUCCAACUUGGAUUCUAAAUUUGGUAGUUUCGAUGUUCCUGUUAUCAUUUUCUUUGUACUCCAACAUUUGGCUGCUAAUGUGGUUGGACGCAUCCCAUCAAGAAAGAAAGUGGUGGGACCAAUUUUGAGUAUAGCUGUCGGGUUGUUUUGUUCCGUACUUUGCUGUAUUUUUGCUGGGGUAGUGGUACGUUAUAGGCUGCCCAAGGCUAUUGGGAAGGACCCGGAUAUGGACGUUGUUCCCUUAAGCAUCAUGGUUGUAACUCCACAGUUUGUCCUGCUGGGGCUAAUGGAAGGAUUUGCAGAAGGUGGGCUUGAGGCUUUCGUGCAGGAUCGGGUGCCCAUAUCAAUGAGAAACUUUGUGGAACGGGGCAUUGAAAUGCUGUUGGGGAUUGGAAAAUUCUCCAGCAUUCUAUUUGCACUCAUUUUUCAUUGGUGGAUUAAGGAUUCCAUAAACAAUAGUCACCUGGAUUUGUAUUUUCUCAUGUUGGCAUCACUCAGCUUCGUGUUCAUUGGGAUUUAUCUCUGCUGUGCCAAGUUCGAGUCAUCAAAAUUGCCCAAAUUUGAAGGACCGGACACCAAGGAAGAAGAGCAGGGAAUGUUGGGAGGAUGA